AUGGCGGGGCCCCCGGCCCUACCCCCGCCGGAGACGGCGGCCGCCGCCACCACGGCGGCCGCCACCUCGUCGUCCGCCGCUUCCCCGCACUACCAAGAGUGGAUCCUGGACACCAUCGACUCGCUGCGCUCGCGCAAGGCGCGGCCGGACCUGGAGCGCAUCUGCCGGAUGGUGCGGCGGCGGCACGGCCCGGAGCCGGAGCGCACGCGCGCCGAGCUCGAGAAACUGAUCCAGCAGCGCGCCGUGCUCCGGGUCAGCUACAAGGGGAGCAUUUCCUACCGCAACGCGGCGCGCGUCCAGCCGCCCCGGCGCGGAGCCACCCCGCCGGCCCCGCCGCGCGCCCCCCGCGGGGGCCCCGCUGCCGCCGCCGCCGCGCCGCCGCCCACGCCCGCCCCGCCGCCGCCGCCGCCCGCGCCCGUCGCCGCCGCCCCGGCCCGGGCGCCCCGCGCCGCUGCCGCCGCCACAGCGCCCCCCUCGCCCGGCCCCGCGCAACCGGGCCCCCGCGCGCAGCGGGCCGCGCCCCUGGCCGCGCCGCCGCCGCCGCCGCCGCCGCCCGCGCCCGCCGCUCCCCCGCCGGUGGCCGGCCCGCGCCGCGCCCCGCCGCCCGCCGUCGCCGCCCGGGAGCCGCCGCUGCCUCCGCCGCCGCCACAGCCGCCGGCGCCGCCACAGCAGCAGCAGCAGCAGCAGCCUCCGCCGCCGCCGCCGCAGCCUCAGCCGCCGGAGGGGGGCGCGGCGCGGGCCGGCGGCCCGGCGCGGCCCGUGAGCCUGCGGGAAGUCGUGCGCUACCUCGGGGGCAGCGGCGGCGCCAGCGGUCGCCUGACCCGCGGCCGCGUGCAGGGGCUGUUGGAGGAAGAAGCGGCGGCACGGGGCCGCCUGGAGCGCACCCGCCUCGGAGCGCUUGCGCUGCCCCGCGGGGACAGGCCCGGACGAGCGCCUCCGGCCGCCAACGCCCGCGCCGCGCGGAGCAAGAGAGGUGGAGACGAGCGAGGGCUUGAGAAAGAUGAGGAAGAGGAGGAGGACGACGAAGACGAUGAGGAUGAAGACGACGACGCCUCCGAGGGCUCCGAAGUGCCCGAGAUGGACCGUCCCGCGGGCGCGCAGCAUCAGCAGCUGAAUGGCGAGCGCGGCCCUCAGAGCGCCAAAGACCGCGCCAAGGAAUGGUCCCCCUGCGGUCCACACCCGGGCCAGGAGGAAGGGCGGGCGCCGGCCGCGGGCACCGGUACCCGCCAGGUGUUCUCCAUGGCAGCCCUGAGCAAGGAGGGGGGAUCAGCCUCUGUGGCCACCGGGCCCGAUUCCCCGUCUCCCGUGCCUUUACCCCCUGGGAAGCCAGCCCUCCCUGGGGCCGAGGGGACCCCUUUCGGCUGCCCAGUCGGGCGCAAGGAGAAGCCAGCCGACCCGGUGGAGUGGACCGUCAUGGAUGUCGUGGAGUACUUCACCGAGGCGGGAUUCCCGGAGCAGGCCACGGCUUUCCAAGAGCAGGAAAUCGACGGCAAGUCUCUGCUACUCAUGCAGCGCACCGACGUGCUCACAGGCCUGUCCAUCCGCCUGGGACCCGCCCUGAAAAUCUAUGAGCACCACAUCAAGGUGCUACAGCAGGGCCACUUUGAGGACGACGACCCCGACGGCUUCUUAGGCUGAGCUGCACACACGAGCCCCCUCCACUGCCACCACCCCCUGGGACCCAUUCCAACCCUCCAGGACUUUUCCCAGCCCCCCACGCCCACCCCUACCGCCCCGGAGUCCAGGAACUGGACCCCAAGGGGGCUGUUGGGGAGCUGGACGGACAUAACCCAGAGCUCUUCUGGCAGAUUCUAAUGAUCAGAGGGGGUGCAGCACCCCCGCUCCCGGCUCGAGUCAGCAUUGCUCCCCUCUGGACCUGCCCCACUCUGCGUGUGGAUGUGGACUGAGACUGGCGCCCCUUUCUCUCCCCGUCCCCCAGAAACCAUCAUCUCCCGCUCCAUGCAAGGAGGUCAUCACUCCUCUUUCCCAUCCCAGGACAUUUUUAAAAAGAAAAAAGAAAAAAAUUGGGAUGCAGGAACCGCCCUGCAUUUCCCAACUCUUCAGCCCAGCGGGUGUUUUAUAUAUAUAUAUGUGUGUGUAUGUAUGUUUUGUUUUUCUGGUUUUGGGGGGUGGGGGCGUGGCCUUCCCCUCACCUCCGCCACGCUUCCCAGCCCCCUGGAUGGAGUUUUGGGGGGGACAGGUGGGAUUGUGGGGUGCGGAGGGUGAGGGUUCUGUGUCUUUCCCCCGGCCUUCCUUUUCGUUUUUCUAUUGGUUUGUUGUUUGCUCCAGCUGGCUGUGUCGCUUUUUAAUAUUGCACCAAGGGUUUUUUUAAAUAAAAUUUUAAAAAAAGAAAAAGGAAGAAAAAAAAAAGCAAAACCU